CAAAUGUAAUGAUAAAUUCCGAUGUUGUCAAACGUAAAAACAGAUUCCAAUUUCAAUUUAUGGGAAUAUAAAAUCAGUUGAUGGUCAGUGCAAAGUGUGUUUAAAGUUGGUAAGAAGUGAGCUGUUUUCUUCCAGUAUAAGGUUAAAAGACAAAGUUGUCUGGUUUCCCGAUCAAAGAAGAUGCAUUUUCAAAUACUGUUGCUGCUUGUGAUUUCUGUAAAUACAAAUGGAGAAAUACUUCGUCUGCCAUGCAAGAUCUUUGCCAAUUUUACUGCUGUGCUUCAUGAUCAAUCACUUAGUUCUACAUUUCGUUCUUUGGACAACUUGGAUGAGCAGAUGUGUAAGUUUGAAUGCAUCAUGGAGCAUCGAUGCAAGUCUAUAAAUUUAAACAGAGAGCUUGGUAUUUGCCAGUUGAAUAGCAAAUCAGCACAGGAUCCAAAAGAUUUCAUUGAAACGCAAAUAAAGGAGGGUUGGACAUAUUAUUCAACCCGUUUUGAAGAGAAAAAUGUUGGUCAGUAUUGCCAAGCAAAUGAUCCUUGCAGCGCCGGACAUAAAUGCAUUGACACUUGCUACUGCCCAGGGUAUAAAUGCAUUGCAAAGAAUAUCGCCUAUAAGAAGCCAUCUUCCCAAUCAUCAACCCAUACAUAUAACGGAAUAGAACUUGUUGCAAGCUUUGGAAAUGAUGGUGACAGAACGGCAAACUGGCAGAAAUGUAGUUUCACCAGUUAUGAAGAGCAGCCCUGGUGGCAAGUGAAUCUUGAAAAGGUAGCCGCUGUUACACAUGUUCGGAUAACAAAUUCUGUAGCCUGGCCUACACAUGAUAUAAACCCAUUCAAUGUUAGUGUUGGAAAAGAUAGCUCAAACGGCGGAAGAAACAAUGCGCUUUGUGUAAAUGGUGGAAGGUUGGCUAGUGGCGAGAUGAAAACUUUUUAUUGUCCAAAGCUGAUGAUGGGUCGCUACGUGAGUGUGUUUUUGAACAGGAAAGAAUUUCUUCAAGUAUGCGAGCUUGAGGUUUAUGAAGCGAAGAAUUUGGCAUAUAAAAAGCCGUCCUCGCAUUCAUCAACUUCCACCAUAAAUGGAAUCACAUUAGUUGCCAGCUUUGGAAAUGAUGGGAACAGAACUGGAGAUGUGUUUAGUUGCAGUGUCACACAAGCUGACAUGGCACCCUGGUGGCAAGUUGACCUUACAAGGCAAGCUGCAGUCACAAGUGUCCGAAUAAAGAAUGCCGCAACUUGGGGUACAGAUAGAAUCAAUCCAUUCAACGUCAGUGUUGGGGACGACAAGACGAAUGGCGGACAAAACAAUGCACUGUGUGUGAAAGACGGGACACUGGUCAGUGGAGAGUUGAGAAAGUUCGAUUGUCCACAGGUCCUGAUGGGUCGUUACGUCAGUAUCUUUUUGAACAGGCAAGAACUUCUUCAAGUAUGCGAGGUUGAGGUUUAUGAAGAUGUAUUCUGAAAAGAAGUCUUCUGAAAUCAUCAUUUGUUUUCUACUUCCUGGAAAGCAAGGAUGCAUUUGAAGAGAAGAGCAAUAUAUCUACUACAAUUUGCAAAAAAGAAUUUUAAAAAUGCACGGAGCUUUCAGGUUAUUUUAUCAAAACGUAAUUUGUCAUGUAUUUUAGGUUAAUUUUCUAGUAAAUUCCGUUGUUUUGAACAGGAAGACAGGGAAUCUUAAUCGUUCUGACAAACACUAAUUUGAAGUUGUUUCAUUUAGGAAACCACUCCUAUAUAAUUCUAGAAAAACAAAAGCUAGUCAAGCAGAAGGUUUACCUAGCAUUUCCUUUGUUAGUUUGAGAACCAAAUUUGGAACUGAUUGUUGACGUGGUUUUGCCUAGAAAUGUCUAUAGGAAGGGUUGUAAUGAAAUUUUUUCCAAUCGGCAUGAACAAACUAAUAAACAAUAAAUUUGUAGACAAAUUUUGAUAGAAGAAUAUAACCGUAACCAACAAGUUUUAAAAAAGUGAAUCAAUUCUAAUAACAGUAGAGCAAUUGAAAUUCUGAGCACAAUCCACAACGAUAUUACAGUAACGGUCCAUGAUAGUCGAGGCGUGCAUUAUAUGAUAUCAUCAUAUUAAAAGAUCAAAGAAAACUUCAGGAAUUUAUUUAAGAAUUUAAUUGACGACAAAUGACGUCAGAUACAUAUGACGUCAGAAAGAUGUAGAACAUCAUGGAUGUUACAUUUUGCAGACAUCAGCAGUAUAAAAUCAAUUAUUCAUUAAUUAAAUGUAAUAAAUGAGAGCAAUUGAUUGGUGAAUAAUUUUUUUAGAUGGAGCGAAUCCCGCGAAAAUAUGUUUUUAUUGACCUGUCUCCAAAUUUGGUCAUAUCCAAGUCACGUGUAACAAUUUUCAACAAUAAUAACUCUAUGAUAUUAUUGGUGACUUCCUGAUGUCAAUAUUUUUGCACAUAGUAGAAUAUUUGCAUAUUUCGUCCGACAUCUUUUAGACUAUAAACCGGUUUAUCAACACAUUAUUAAAAUGUUUCUCGGCUGAUAAUCUCCGUCAAGGGUGUCGAAAAGAUGGGGUAUGGGGGAUGGGGUGGUUAGUCGAUGUAGAUAAGCAUGAAAAACCGCUAUUAUUUUGACCAAAGGAGUUAGUUUAAACCUUAGGUCUCCACUUCUAUAUUCAAAAGACAAGUGGCAUUGGUUGGGCAGCCUUAAAAAUGACUUACAUGACACUCCUUGUAACAUAUUGUAUUGUAAUACUAUACCCGUACGUUACAUUUGGAAAUAAUGAAAUCAUUAGAUGUUCAGAGUUCAGGGUAAUUAAUGAUGGCAAGUGAGUUUUAAUGCAAAAAGGAGCAAGAGAACAAUAUUUUAUACAUGGAAAUUGUGAAGGAGAGAAAACCACUGACACCUCAAACAGUCGGCUGUAGACCGGUUUCGCCCCAUAUCAGGGAUCAAUAGUACAGCUAGACUGAUUCACGACCCAAUGCUGACCUAGGGCCAGUAAUUAGGCUGUCAGUCGCAAAGCAUGAAGGAAAAGAAGUACGCAUGAUUCUUAGACACUCGAAAGUCUCUUUAUGCAAUAUCAAUAAGAACCGCACCGCAAAGCAGUGCUGAGGUUUUGGCUGUUUGCCAUUCCACAGAGUUGCAGUAUAAGUGUGAAGUAAAGAAAACCAUUGAAACCUCAAGCAAUGAAAACCACUGAUACAUGGAAAAAAAGUGCAUUAUCAAGUGUAUGUAUUUAUUUACAUUACUAUAUACAGUUUUUUUUAUAGAAUGGUAACGGACAAUGAAUCUUGGUUUUCAUGCUAGGAGGUCAUGAUGGUCACGAUUUAAUUUAAUUUUUGAUUUUGAACGACCAUUGCCUUGCAGAAAUGCACACCGUUUCAACAUGUGUAGAGUGUGGUGAAACUAGCCUAUUGUCACCUUCCUUAAAAAUAUUUGCAUGUAUUGUGUUGACAUUCAAUAAAGAACACAUCGCUAUUGAGUUCAAACUGAAUAGCGCAUUGAAGCGUGGUUGUUGGUUUUUAUUACUAGUGGAUAUGUGUUGAUUAGAGCCUAGUUUAGAUUUAAUCUACGUCUCUUUUCUUUUUUCUCUACCUCGUGACAUAGAGUGAACACAAUGAUACGACAUAGCUGCUUUCGUUAAAGUAUUAUAUGUAACUCGUUCUUAAUAUAGUUAUACAAAUAUUUGUACUUAUAUUGCAUCAAGCUGAAAAACUAAAAAUCUUUAUAGUUGUAAAAUGUAUCUAUAAAGAUUCAUUUUAAACAAAAAUAAAUUACACAAGUGUAUAUAUGUCAGUCAGGUUAGGUCACGAGACUUGCUAAUGGUGGUCAUGCCAUCCAGUAUUACCUGUCUACAUGAUCGAGAUGCCGGCGACCAAACUGGCAACCCAACCCUUUUUGGGGGAGGAGGGUGCGUGAACACCAUUCAAGCGGAACCAAAAAGAUGUGUUAAAAUGCGGAUGAACUCUAUGAGUCAACAGCCAUCUAUACUGGGAGAGGAGAUGUGCGCCGCUGAACUACCUGCCUACUGAUUCACCCAUGAACAAGACAAACCAGAAUUCCAUACUGGAUCGAUCGAGGCCCAGUAUAAAAACGAUCGAGUUUUCCGUUGAUUGUCAUCAGGACGGAGACGGUUAGCUACUGCAGACCGCGGUAUAAACCUAGCGAAAGCAGAAAUCAUCAUAGGAACAUGAAAUGUGAGAACAAUGAAAGAUCGAAAUACUAAGAAACGAAAUGAGCAGACUGAACUGGAAUAUAUUCAGUUUAUCAGAAAUGAGAUGGACGGGCAUGGGUGAAACAAUCACAGAAGAAGGUCACAAGGUAUGGUUCAGUGGUGACGAUAAUAAGCAUGUAAAUGGAGUUGAGUUCAUUGCACGCCAAGACUUAGCUCGGUACGCUAUAGAAUAUCAGCAAUAUCCAGCCACAUUAUGACGAUACGUAUCGAUACAAGAAUAAACUAACAAUUGUGCAAGUCGACGCACCAACUUCAGCCUAUACUGACAAGACUAAGGUGAUGAUGAUGAUGAUGAUGAUUAAAAUUAGCACGAUGUAGAUAGCUCCUUACUAAUGUCUCCUAAUGUUGAGUUGGAUUAAAAAAAGACGAAAAUAUUUACGUAGCAAUGUUACCCCCUCUGAACAAUAGUAUUAAUUAUCCGUAUUAAUUAUAGUUAACCAGCCUCAAUCUGAGUUUACACGAGCUGUAUGUUGGGCCUUCUUGUGUGUGUUAUUAUGGCGGAGAUAAUUAUCUAUAUUGAAGUCCUAUUUCGUCUCACAUCUGGCCUAUUACAGCAAUUGCUUGGACUAGCUUCCAUAUUUAUAUAGACAAGUUGCUGAAAGUUACCGUUUUCCGGUCAUUAAAAAAGUGUUCGGUGCUGUAUAGGCAGAACAGAUGCCUGAUGAUCGCAUUAAGCAUGAAACUCGGAGUAGCAGCUUUGAAUAGUCCUGUUCUAUACACCAAUUCAUUCAUUAAGUUGAUUAUCCUUUUCUACUAGGCAUGAGACCGACUGGCCUUUGGGGCUACAGGCAUGAGACCGGAUUUGUUUGGUAUUACACGUUGCAAAUUUAAUGAAUCCAGAUGAAACAAAUGCUUUCCAGCUAGAAGAAGAGUGGGUCGUACUUAAACUGGCCCCAAUAGAUAAGGUUUUAUUCGGGUCAGCUACAACAACAAUCUAUGAAAUAAGCGUAUCUAGAUAAAAUCCUAUGCAGUUUCAGACAAAUCAUUUCAGAAAGUCGUGCAAUAUCAAGAAAAACUCUUUGCUCUUUCGGAUUCACUUCUGUGUUAGCAGGACUUUAGGAGAUAAUUCAACAACCAAUGUUACAUAAGCGAAAAUAAGUCAGCGACAUCCAGAGAAAGUAAAAGUUGAGCUGAAUAGCUAUCUCAUUACAAUCAAGGUAUAUUAAGCUAUUGUUACAGACUGUUUACAGAACAUAUAGAACAAUAAAUAUCGAACAUGAAAAAACAUUAAACGAUGCUUUAUACGAACCAUUCUGUUUGAAAU